GAUUUCCGGCGCUACUCAGAACGUGAUAGGGCAUGAUGGAAGCGUCCGCUGCUGACAGGGCGAGGGCGGAACGUGGAAGCCGGAAGGGAGUCGCACGUUUCUGAGCAGCGCGCGCGGGGAGGGGGGAGCCUGCUUGUGGGGCGCACUCUGUCGCUGGCCGGAACUAUGAGCUGCCCUGUGACAUGCGUUGGCUGGGUUCCUCGAGGCGUUGCCAAGGAAACGCCUGAUAAGGUCCAGCUUGACAAGGAAGAAUUGACACGGUUGAUUUCUGAAACCAAGGAAAGAUUGCAGACAGAUAUUAGUGAUGAUGAUGAACAGGAAGAGGUCUCAGCAGAUGCCAUGGAAGUUGCUGAUGCUGAGGCACCUAGCCCCGCCUCUAAAGAUGAGAGCCAAGAAGAGACUGAAAACUUGAAUGAUGAUGAGCUGGCAGAAUAUGAUUUGGAUAAUUAUGAUGAUGAGACUGCAGGUACUGAGAGUCUUGGAGAGACCCUAGCAGGCCUUACAGUAUAUGCAAGUAAUGAAAAUGAUCCUUACAUCACGCUUCCAAAUACUGAACAAUAUGAGCAAGAGGACUAUGUGAUUAAACCAAGUGACAAUCUGGUUGUAUGUGGCAGAGUUGAUAAGGACCACUGCAGUUUAGAGGUCCAUGUUUUCAACCAUGAAGAGGACUCGUUUUACGUCCAUCAUGAUCUCAUCUUAUCUGCAUACCCUUUAAGCGUGGAAUGGCUCAACUUUGAUCCUAGUCCUGAAAACCCUGCAGGAAAUUAUGUUGCCGUGGGCACAAUGAAUCCUGUUAUUGAAAUAUGGGACCUUGACAUAGUGGAUUCUUUAGAACCAGUCUUUUCCCUUGGAAGCAAGAAAGCAAAAAUGAAGAAGAAAGGAAAGAAGAGUUUGCCAAAAGAAGACAAACAAGGAGGCCAUACCGAUGCAGUUCUUGACCUUUCAUGGAAUAAGCAACUCAGAUCUGUGUUGGCAAGUGCAUCAGCCGACCAUUCUGUAAUCCUUUGGGACAUGGCCCAGGGCACACCUGCAGCAACCCUUUCUCUUCACACAGACAAGGUACAGACGCUGCAGUUUCAUCCAUUUGAAACACAGACUCUCAUUUCUGGUUCUUAUGACAAAUCAGCCAUUUUGUAUGACUGCAGAAGUCCACAAGACAACCAUCGAAUCUGGCGGUUUAGUGGACAGGUUGAAAGAGUAACUUGGAAUCAUUUUUCUCCUCACCAUUUUUUAGCCAGCACAGAAGAUGGAUUUGUGUACUGUCUAGAUGCCAGGUCACAUAAACCAGUCUUCACAGUAAAAGCUCAUAAUGAAGAAGUAUCUGGACUACAGUUGAGCAGCCAAAUCAAAGGAUGCCUUGUUACAGCUUCAUCAGACAAAUAUGUGAAAAUCUGGGACAUUCUAGGAGACAAACCUAGUUUGGUUCAUUCCAGAGAUAUGAAAAUGGGUGUUCUCUUCUGUGCAGCUUGCUGCCCAGAUUUACCUUUUGUCUAUGCCUUUGGAGGAGAGAGACAAGGACUACGUGUCUGGGAUAUAAGCACAAUUUCUGCAGUGAAUGAAGUUUUUGGAAACCGACAGAGGCUAGCAGUUGCCCAAUCAAGUUCUGAAACUGAAGCAAAGAAUUCUGCUAGCAGCAGCAGCAGCGAUCCACAAGCUGUAAUGAAACCAUGAUGUAGCUUAAGAUUCUUAUGUAUUCAUAUAUAAUUUAAUACCAUAAAUACUAUAAAGAGUUGUAUUUUACUUUGAAA